AUGUCCUCCAUGCUGGGUCGUUGUCUCUCCUCAUCCCGAACAGCUGCUGCCCGCCGCUUUAUAUCUACCACACAGGUCGUCCGGGAGGCAGCACCAGCAGCACCAGCAACACCCAGCGUGGGCACACCCAAGAAGCCCGUCGGCGCCUUCCGCGGCGGUAUCGUAGGCUUUUUGUUUGGUUUCUCCUUAGCUUCGUCCUUUGCUGCGUACCAUUUACUUGAUGAGUACAAGCAGGCGUCGGCCGCUCUGCAGGCGAGCGUGGAAGAGCUGCAGCUCAGCACCGAAAAGGUGUCUGCGCAUGUUCGAAGGAUAGAAGCUGUCGAGAAGGACUUAAAGGCGCUCAGUGAGUCGGCUGCUUCCAAGGAGGACUUUUCGAGGGUACGAGCGGAGGUGAAGAAGUUGUAUGACGGGCUGCACGUUGAGUUCCUUGACCUUCGGUCACAUGUUUGGGGUAUUCAACAAGAUGUCCACUCUCUGUCUAAAAAGGAAGCAACAUCUGUUCGUGUUGUGUAG